UUCAUUGCCUGUGUAAAUUGAUGCGCAGUCGUUUGUCACCCGAUAACGGUGACGGGGAUCCGAUCGAGUUGUACACUGCAGGGAAGAGACGAGUAUGCCUUCAACAGAAAGGCAAACAGAUGGAUCGGUGAAGUAAGAAAAAUGGACUUAUAAUGACUUAAACGAGGGAUUCGUACAAAAUGGUCGGUUUAGGUUUGUGCAACGCCAGCCUGAAAGAUGACAAGACCCUGAUGAAGAUGGGGCUGAGCAUGGUUCUGGUGGGGCACAUCAACUUCCUGCUGGGGGCGCUGGUGCACGGGGCGGUACUGCGACAAAUCAGCCUUCACAAGCAGGCCCGCGUCACGGAGUACGCCGUCUCCAACCUCAUCGCCCUGGCGGCCGGCAUGGUGGGUGCCAUUGUCGGAAUAUCGGCCAUCGUCCUGUCCAAGAACAGGAAGAACAAGACGCUGAUGUGGUUCCUGCUGGUAGUCAGUACUCUGUGUAGCCUCCUGGCCGCUGCCUCAGUGUUGGGACUGUGCGUGUCCGUGGGGAAGGCCAUCGCUAAUGGAGGGAGGAGCCUGUUAACCCACUGCAAGUUCCCUGACGCUAUUGGCUACUCCAGCAUCACCAAUGAGUGCCCCUUUGACCCCACGCGAAUCUACGGAACAACCAUCUUCCUGUGGGUGCCCAUGGUCUUCCUGAGUGUGAUGGAGCUGGUGUUCUCUGGGAGGUGUCUGGCUGCCUGUGCUUCCUUCCUUCGCCUUCCCUGUGCUGUCAGGAAAAGGAGGAAGAGGAUCAACGUCAGGAGGGUGAGAGUAUGGCGACCGGAGGAAAUGACAUCACCUCCUCAGACAGAGUGCUGGCACCAAGGGCCGGAAUUUCAGCACCAGGAGGUGGAACUCCCGUCCCCGGAGGUGGAGCUUCAGUAUCAGGAGUUGGAAAUUCAGUACAAAGGGGUGGGGCUUCAGCAUCUAGAGGCGGAGCCUCAGCAGCAGAAAGAAGAGCCUCCAGAGCAGCAUGAUCUGGUGAGACAGCUACCCAGGCCCAGAGUCAGCCGGGCCAGAGAAUUCAACAGGGCCAGCCUGUGGAUCUAAGGCUUCCUGUUCUUGUCAACUUUGACCCCUACGGAGGAUUAUGACAGGCAAACUUCAGGGGAGCUCAUGUUUGUGUACCCUCUUUAAUGAACAUACACUGUUCAUUCUGGACCCUUGGAUAAAGUCUUUGAUUCACCUGGGAUAAUGGGGUGGACUACUUUGACACCCAGACAAUGUUGAUAAUAUUUUGGGACUUCUGCUCUCCGUUGGGCUAGAGCUUUCUCAUGGUGGGCCCAUCACCCUGAAACCAAGGGAGGUUUACAGUGAACCCUAUCCACAGCAGCAGAGACAUAUACUGUGCAUCAGGCCUGUAAAUUCAUAUGACUAUUUUUGUAUUUUCUAAUUGCAUAUGCUCCCCAACAAUUACAUUACAGGAAAUCGCUUAUGUUCAUUUUAAUGUUUAUCUAUCACUAGUCUGCUAGCGAUACCUAAGUUAGGACCCAUUUUUGCACUGCCUACUAUUAUUUUGCUUGCCGCUGUAUCUGAGGGUAAAGCACAAAACUUUGUUUUGUUCUUCCCUAACAAAAGUUUAAGUAAGGUUCUAUACAUGAGAAUAAAGGUGAUCUUCUUGUAGCUUCACCUGUGAAAAUGUUCAUUAUAGCGGGGCAGACUCUAGAUGUAGAAGCAGUCCGAUCAUAUUACUUCAAAGAGUUUUAUAACUUGAAAAUAGCUCACAGAAUAGUGUAGAAAUUACUUCUGUGAACAAGUAAUUGAUUAGAUGGAGUUGCGUCUAUUUCCCUGAGAUAUAAAGGAAAGCCAGUCUGUAUUUUGGUAGAAACAAAAUACAGACAAAACAACCUCCAGCCUUCAGGAAACUGGAUGUUCUCAUCCAGCAAUUUCCUCAUUCAGUGAAAUUACUAAAGGGUAGGACAAAAGAACACUUGACCUCACAUUAUAAGUGGACCAACUCUCCCCCAACCCCCACAGUAAUCUAUUUUAUAAUGAGUUACAUAAUCAAUCCGCACAAUGGAGAACAGAUACCUGUCAGAGUAAUGUGACCAAGUGCCUUCUUGCAGUAGGCAAGCUAUGCAAAAGUGUUGAUUACAGUUCUGUUGUAUCAAAAGUGUAAUGAUACAAAUGUGACAAUGUACAGAGAAAGUUGGCUAGGAAUUCUGGGUUACAUUCAGCAAUGACAAUUAGGUAAUGCUAAAACAAUUUCUCUGUUCAGGUUAUUAGUGAAGCUUUUGCAGUGUUGAAAUGUGUGCCAAGAACAGACUGAAUUUUUAUAAACCCUUCAAUAGAUGACAAGUAUAUGAAGCAUGAGAUAGGAGAUGUUUCACAGUCAGUCCUGCCCAUGAAGGAAACGUAAUUCCUAACUGUCAGUGUCUCGGAGAAAGUGUCCGAGGGUUAGGCUUUUAAACACUGUCACAUGAUGCUGAGCUAUCAGCAGUCACACACGUUACCGUAUUGGGGAUUUAGCGGUGCCUCUCGCAAGCUUUUGGCUUUUUAAUGAGCGGAAAGUGAACCUUCUCUCUCAAACUCCUCUCCAUGUGCUCAUGAUCUGCAGUCUGCUUUUAAUUAUCCAUCUACUGGCAAGUAACGGUAAUUUUACCCGAGCAUCUUGUUUUCAGUUACAUUUUAUAUUGUUUUGUUUUCCCAUAAUCCAUCCCCUGAUUUUACUGCAUUACUGGUCCUCUCUAUUAUAUGAUUCUAACAUUGCCUGUUCCCCAGGCUCUAGCUACAAUAUAGCAAAGAUAAACUGGUCAGAUUUGUGAUGUGGGUCAUUGGUAAAAUGUGUAUGAUAAAAUUAGGACAGAUGAGAAUGACAGGAUCAUUUCUGGAGCCGUUGCCACAGUUUAAGAGAGGUGUUCUCAGCAAAGCCUCAUAUCAAUUAGAUAAUCUUGAAAAAUAUCCCCAAGGCACUCAUAAUGGUUCAAAAAAUUAAAAGUGCCUUUAUUACUAUGGCAUAUCUACUGAUAUCUUUUACAGGCCUGAGUAGAUGUGCCAUUUCAAUAGACAUAAGAAAUAUGCUAUACUACUACAUGUAGUCUGUGGUCUGACAGGCAGGGUUCCUGCGAUGGCAGAUUCAGUGGCACACAGCAGCGUACAAAACCAGUACAGUGUACUGUAUGUCUCACUCGUAAUAAUAGUAGUAAUAAUAAAGUGUGUCCAUGUUUA